AUGAAUGAACGUUACCGCUGUAAGAUAAUUCUAACAUUUGAUCACCAAUUCAACACAGCAGUUGAGAAGUCAGAUAUGCCACUUCUGAAGAUACUUCUAACAGACGUCAAAACACCAAAAGGUUUCCGUUCCCUCUUCACUCAUCUGGGUCAGAAACUAGAACUCUAUACUGAGUACGUCUCUCAUCUGGGUCAGAAACUAGAACUCUAUACUGAGUACUUCACUCAUCUGGGUCAGAAACUAGAACUCUAUACUGAGUACGUCUCUCAUCUGGGUCAGAAACUAGAACUCUAUACUGAGUACUUCACUCAUCUGGGUCAGAAACUAGAACUCUAUACUGAGUACUUCACUCAUCUGGGUCAGAAACUAGAACUCUAUACUGAGUACUUCACUCAUCUGGGUCAGAAACUAGAACUCUAUACUGAGUACUUCACUCAUCUGGGUCAGAAACUAGAACUCUAUACUGAGUACUUCACUCAUCUGGGUCAGAAACUAGAACUCUAUACUGAGUACUUCACUCAUCUGGGUCAGAAACUAGAACUCUAUACUGAGUACGUCUCUCAUCUGGGUCAGAAACUAGAACUCUAUACUGAGUACUUCACUCAUCUGGGUCAGAAACUAGAACUCUAUACUGAGUACUUCACUCAUCUGGGUCAGAAACUAGAACUCUAUACUGAGUACUUCACUCAUCUGGGUCAGAAACUAGAACUCUAUACUGAGUACUUCACUCAUCUGGGUCAGAAACUAGAACUCAAAACGGAGUACUUCACACAUCUGGGUCAGAAACUAGAACUCUAUACUGAGUACUUCACUCAUCUGGGUCAGAAACUAGAACUCUAUACUGAGUACUUCACUCAUCUGGGUCAGAAACUAGAACUCUAUACGGAGUACUUCACUCAUCUGGGUCAGAAACUAGAACUCUAUACUGAGUACUUCACUCAUCUGGGUCAGAAACUAUAA